AAUAUGUCCGAUAUAAUCGUUAAAAAUACAGAUAUAAUAACAUCGUGAAACUUAGGAUAGUAUAAAGAUGGAAGCACUGUGAGAGUAGAUAAAUACUAAUACUAGUUGAAUGAAAAAAGAAAAGGAGAGUGUAGCUGAAGCUUUUUGCCAUGAACAUUGAAAUUGAGAUUUGGAUGGUUUACCUCUCCGGCAGAAACAAAAUUAGGCCGAGAGAGAGAGAGAGAGAGAGAGAGAAUAGUGAAUGGAAGUUGGAGGUUGCAGAAGAGGUAGCAGAUUUUCUUCAUAUGAGAGAUUGGCUGCCAUAGGGUUGGUGCUUCUGGCUGUGGCUUCUCCACUCUACAUAGACCGCAAAGCGGAGUGUGAGUUGGAAGAGGAAGACCAACCCAUCAACGUUGAUGCCUUCUUGCCGUUUCUCUUACUUCUUCUCAUUUUCGGCAUAGCUUUAUCCGCUUUUCUCGACCGAACCCUUGCCGCCUUUGAUCGUUACUGGAUUUACAGAGUUAUCGGUUCUUCUGGCGGUAUUCUUGCGCUUCUUUCUCUUCUUUUGCUUAUUUUGAAUCUUAAAUCCUCCCUCUGACUCUCCUGCAAAUUUUGUAACAACUUCUAAAUUAUUCUGUAAAAUUUUCUUUUCUUUUCUUUUCCUUUGUCCACCAUUUCUGAUACAAUAUGCCUAAUAUAGAGGUGAUUGCUUAGGCUUGCUUGGUGCAAGGAGAAUGCUGACAAGAAGAGACUCUUCGAUUUUGCUUAACACGUUGUUUUAAUUUUGAUUGUGGUAAAUUGUACGAAAGAUGCUUAUUAAAUAAGAUAUAACACUAGUUUAAUUC